AAUUGUGUGUCUUGUGUGUCGUCAUACUAUCAUAACUUUUAGUGAAUUAUAUAUUUUUGCGUGGAAAAUGUAUCAUACAAACGCAGUUGUCUCAAGUACAAUAUUGAUGUACGCGUUUAUGUGUGGGAGGAUUUUCGCGUCGUAUUCAACAACAGUGGAAGUGAUGGUGGGAAGCACUGCAAAACUGCCGUGCAACAUCAGCUCGUCUGCGCCAGAUGACGGAGUGGCGCUAGUGAUCUGGUUCAAGGGCUCCACGCCGGUCUACAGUUACGACGUGCGAGACAGCGGCGACCCGAACGAGGCGAAGCACUGGGCCUCAGAGGAGCUGGAGGGCAAAGCGCGCUACUCUGUGACGUCACCCUACUCGCACCUGACGCUCGACGCGGUCGCCGACGCAGAUGACGGCGACUACAAGUGUCGCGUCGACUUCUACCACUCGCCCACGCGCAACUCGUUCAUCAAUCUUACUGUGAUCGUGCCACCACAAAAACUGGAAGUUCUGGACCAAACAGGCAGAGCAAUUCUGACAGCAGCUGGGCCUACUGUAGAGGGAUCCUCGUUGCAGCUCACUUGUUUCGCUAUUGGAGGCCGGCCGACGCCUCGCGUGAGCUGGUGGCGUGACGGCGUGUCGCUGGACGACGGAGACGAGCCGGUGACGGCCGACAGAGUCCGCAACGUCCUUGUUCUGGACCAGCUGCAGCGGAAACACCUGGGUGCCCUACUCACCUGCCAGGCGUCCAACACGCGCCUCGUGCCUCCUCUAUCAACCACCAUCUCUAUCGAGCUGUACUUGAGACCUCUGGAGGUGAAAUUGUUGGGGGACAACCUGGCUCUGAGCGCAGGCUCCAAGUAUGAGGUUGCCUGCCGUUCGUCGGGUUCGAGACCCCCCGCUACCAUUUCCUGGUGGAAGAACGGGCAACCGGUUCGCGGCCACACCAGAGAAACGACAAGCGCCGAUGGUAACGUGACGUUGGGGACUCUGACAGUGGUACCUCAAGCAGAAGACUCGGGGCAGAUUCUGACAUGUCGAGCCAGUAACCCACAUCUGCCCUCCACUGCACUCGAGGACAACUGGAUACUCAAUGUAUAUUUUCCACCAAUUGUCUCUCUUGAGCUAGGCAGUAAUCUAAAUGCAUCCAAUAUAAAAGAAGGGAUGGACAUCUACUUCGAAUGCAAGAUAAAAGCAAAUCCGUGGGUCAGCCGGGUUCUCUGGACAUUCAAUGGCGACGAGUUGGAGACGAAUAUGAGUGGCGGUCGUAUUGUUAGCAAUCAAACGUUGAUACUGCAAGCUGUGUCGAGAACGUGGGCUGGCAUCUAUGUGUGCCUAUCCUCCAACUCUGAAGGCGACUCUGAAAGUAGACCAUUCACACUCAACAUAAAAUACGAGCCGCAAUGCAAAAACAGCCAGCAGAAGAUCUACGGUGCAGCGAGGGGGGAAGAGGUGAUGAUCACGUGUAACGUGGAGGCGAACCCUCCGGCCGCCUGGUUCCGGUGGACGUUCAACAGCACCAACCUGGCAACGCGGCCCAUGGAGAGCUUUGAGUCGGGUGGCGGGCGCAGUGUCGCCACCUAUCGGCCGCUGUCAGAAACUGACUACGGCACUCUGCUCUGCUGGGGUCGCAAUGAGCUCGGCACGCAGGUGUCGCCCUGUACAUUCCAUAUAGUUCCUGCUGGCAGACCAGACGCGCCGUACAACUGCAGUUUGUCGAAUCGCAGCCACAACUGGAUUCAGGUGAGCUGCUCUUGAGGUUUCAAUGGAGGGCUGCCGCAACAGUUCGUCGCCGAAGUGGUGCGGGAUGACGGCAACGGCGGCAACCGACUGGUGAGCAACAUGAGCAGCCGAGUCGGCGCCGACUUCGCGGUGAGUGGCCUGGAGCCGGGACGAGCCUACACGGUGCUGGUCUACUCGAGCAACGAGAAGGGCCGCAGUGCCGAGACUGUCUCCCUUGCAGUCAGCACCCUUGGCCACGGCCACACCCAGCAUCAUAGGAUAGAAACAGGUAGCCCUCUCUACCUGCUGGAAACAAUACUAGUUGUGAUAGUGAUAGUUAGCCUAGUUCUGGGCUCGACGAUAGGAGUGAUGCUCCGCCGCCGCAAGCGGAAACGGAAGCAGAAGUCUUCCUCUCCGCUGCAGAGCACCGACUCAGAGCUGGACAAGUCGAUGGCUCAGCUGCUCACUGUCACGCCCUCUAUUGAGGAUGACAGGAACCCUGACCUCAUACCUCAGUCCAACGAAGCAGAUUUCACCGCUAUGACGAGUGUGGUGAAUGCUGACUUCAUUCCAGAGACAAACGUUCAGCAGUGGGAGGUGACGUUAACCCCUGCUGUGGAAUAUCACACAGUGCCUACACAAUAUGAGCCAGAGAUGAGUGGCAGAUGGCUGGUGGGGGGCCCGGUGUCGUGGCCCAAACUCAAUCCUCAGCCAGUGCUGCUCAGUACAAGCAACGAUUUGAGGCCCAGCUUUGUACUCAAACAGCACGCUGAAACCCAAACGCCUUCAGGCCAUAAAGAGAGUGCUGUCUAGCACUAUCUCAGAUCAAUGGGUGACGCAAUGGCUGCGAUUUGUGAAUGGAUGAAACAACAUGACGUUGUCUUAGUGCCAAUGGACUUUUAAAAUAUGGAUUAUGAUGUACAAUAAUGAAAAAUUUCACCUUCAAAAAUAUUAUCAGAGUUGUAAAUAGCAGAGCAUCUUUUCUACAUUUUCUUACUAUAUUUUUUUAGUUUUAGAUCUUUGAAUUCAGGAAUUAUUAUUACAACUGCAUAGGUAUACAAGUUUGCGACAAUACUCUGCAAUGACAUGAUUUUCGAAAUCUGAAAUAGUUGAUACUUGAAGAUGGAUCCCCCACACAAUUGACUCACAAUGUAUUGGUAUCGCUUACCAAUGUAUAAUAAGAAACAACCUGGUCAAAUUUCCUUGUAAUAUUGUCUUUUUUAGGGCUACUUUUGAUAAAAAUAAAAAUAUAAAUCUAAGUACCCUUUUAAAUUAUUAUUUUAAUUUAAUUAUUUUGUUAUUCCUUUUAAUAUCUUGUCAGUGGUCAAAUACUUUUAUUUAAAUGAAGUCAAAACUGAUUGAAUAUCUACUUUCUUUUCUUUCUUGACUAUUCUCCUCUAUUUUUAAUAGAGUCAGUUUUGCUUCUUAAUAAAUGGUGGAAACUAAGAUAUUUGGAAGAUCGAGGGAGAAAUAUCCAAGGAUAUCAACAUAAAUAUUUUUUUAUCUCGUUCAUUUAAAAGUCCAAAUCAUCCUGUUUUCUACUCAGUUUCAGAAGAGUAUUCUCAAAAACCGUUUCAACCUUUCCUCAUGGAAUGGACUUGUAAUAAACAAUUUUGAAAAUGGUUUUUUCAGGGUAGAGUAUUUCAAUUCAUUGUCAAUAAUUAAGAUAUCAUGGAAAUGUAUUCGAUGAUUGUUGAAAUAGUAAUCAAUAAGAAUUGACAGACUAAUCGAAUGUGCCUAGAACUGUGAAAAUGUAUGAUAAUACAUUGAUUAUAUUAUAGUGUAAAGUAAUGUGUAAAAAGAAUUUCCCAUUUCGGGUGACCUAGUUAAUAUGGCGAGUGUGAAUGGAAAUUUUUCCAUACGUCAUUUUCUAAACUUUCAGUUUGUAAUAGAAUUUAGUUGUGAGUGGCUGUUGAUAAACUAGCAAAGUACAUCGUCUUCUUGAAAAUUGAAUGCAUUUUAUUUAUAGUUCAUAUGAGCGAUAAUUAAUUUGACUUGAUCAUUUUCUAAUGUCAAUAAACACAGUUCGAUUUUUC